AUAAAUAAUCAAAAGCUAAGCGCAAAACGUCUUUUUUGAGUGCUAGGUCGUCGGUAUACAAUGGCAGAAGCUGUAAAAACAGAGAGCAAAUCCCAGAGGCCCCUGGAUGGUGGAGGCGGGGGCGGAGGCAGUGGUAGCGGUGGUCCUGCCAUCGGCAACCACAAUUCCAUGCCUAAGCGGAAGCAUCGCCGCGGAAAGAAGUCUAAAAUGGUGCCAAAAAAGACCAAGAAUCAGUGUCCCCAGUGGAAACUUGAUAUGGCGUCAGGGCAGGGAUCAACGGCAACCACCCGAACCAAACUACUCCGUUCACGUUCAUUGCUGGUGCCCUACAACACGAAUCGUUUCCUGAUGGAGGAGCACAUGUCCGAGGUGCCCAAGGACGACUCCGACGACAAUUGUUUUGGCUCCCAGACUGAGGUCCUGUUCCUCUCCAAGGAGUUCUCCAAUGUGUACGAGAGAGUACGAAUUGAGCGCCUGGAAACAAUGAGCAAAGCGGAGCUAAUCCAAGAGUGUCUGCAAAUCGAGGAUCGGUAUUCUAAGGCUCAGAAUAUCUCCAAGGAAUUCGGGGCUAAAAUUCGGGCUCUGGAUGAAAAGAUGCGUCAGCUAACGCGUGAGAAUCAAUUUCUGCGUUCUCACUUCCUUCGCUCGUGCUCCGCAGCAGCGGGGCCAGCAGCGGCAGCAGCAGCAGCUGCCUCACCGCCCUCUGCGGUUGCACCCACUGCCAGCUCUGCCUGCGAGCUGCAGGCACGGCAACAGCCCGCACAACAGCAGCCCACUCCCAUGGACUCUUCCAGCGAGGACAGCGAGAGCGAUAGCAGCAGCACAACCUCGAGCACCACGUCCAGCACAACCUCGAACAGUAGCGAUGCCCAUGAGAUGGGCGUAGCAGGGCUCAAUAUUGCCAACGGCCAUGUAGAGAGAAGCAUCCAUGAGGGACGUGGCAGCCGGUCCCGGUCUCGGUCGCCGAUCCAUCUGAACGGACAUGCCAAUGAGGAGGAGCGUCUCCGUCUGCUGGACCCCAAUCCCAUGGAUGAGGAUGGUAACUCGAGCGAUGAGCCAAAGAACGGGGAUGCUACGGACAAGUAAAACAGAGGGCCAUCUCUCCCUCUUUAUGUAAAUAGAAGACUCAAAAUAUGUGGUAGAACUUGGAGACAUCUGGACAGAACCUUGUUUAGUUGUUUAAGACAUGCAAAACGCUUCAACUGUAUUUUUUAACAAUCAUUUUUUAUAUAUACACAAUCUUCACCUUAGCAUGGAAGCCACACUUGGACGCUUUGCAUUGUGAGAAAUAUUUUAAGGUGUUGCUUCAUAGCGUUAGCGAUUUUAAUGCAUGUUUUUUAAUGAGAACAGAACCGAUUUGUGGAUGAAUAAAAAUGUUAAAUUUUGAAUUCCACACAAUAGAGAUGGAAUUGCGGAAA